AACUCCCAAAUCCAUUACUACUAGUGACUUCUUCAUUCCAUUUCCUCUUUCUCUUUCCAUUGUUCUACUUUUUCAGUCCCACCACCAAUGGCACUCCAUGAUCUACCCUUCACACCCAUGACCACCAUUUCCCUCUUCAUCAUUCUAUUUUCUCUAUUUUCCACCCCUUCCCAUUCUGCCCUCACUUGUGCUUCCCAGAAGCUCAACCGCACCUACGCCAACUGCACCAACCUCCCCACCCUCGGCGCCACCCUCCACUUCACCUUCAACGCCACCAACCGCACCCUCUCCGUCGCCUUCUCCGCCUCUCCUCCCUCCCCCUCCGGCUGGGUCGCCUGGGGCCUCAACCUCGCCGGCGGCGGAAUGCCCGGCGCCGAAGCCCUCCUCGCCCUCCCCUCCACCUCCGGCUCCGCCGUCACCCUCCGCCGCUACAACCUCACCUCCUACAAGAGCAUCGACGUAGUCAAGGCCUUCACCUUCGAAUCGUGGGACCUCUCCGCCGAAGAGACCAACGGCGCCAUAACGAUCUACGGCACCGUCAAGAUCCCCGAUUCGGCGGAGAACGUCAGCCACGUGUGGCAGGUGGGUCCCGUUGCGGCGGGGGUGCCCGCGGUGCACGGCUUCAAGGACGACAACAUUCACGCCAAGGCCGCUCUCCCCGUCGCGCUUGCGGGGAGCAGCGGAUCGUCAGCAGCGAGUGGCGAAAACGCGACCACACCCGCGAGUGGGGACAAGAAGAACGGUGCUGCUGCUGCGGAGAGGCUUGGGUUGGGUUUUCACUUUUGGUUGGUUUUCGCAUUGAUGGUUGGUGUUGUUGCUCUUUGAUGUGAUUUUAUUUCACCUUUUACCCUUCGAGAAGGGUCAUUCAAUAAUUUUCACUGUACUGGGACAUUUGCAUUUUUUAAAAUAUUUAUUGUAUUGUAGUUUUUUUAUCUUUUAUUUUUCUGUACGCGUUGUUUUGGGGGUUUUAUUUGGGGAGGGUAGAUCCGUUGAUGGGUUGUGCCUGUUCGGUUAGAAAUUCUGUUUUUAGAAUGAACGUGUAGUUAUUGGACUCAGAUUUUUCGUUUUAUGGGAUAUUGUAGUUGUUAGAUUUUCGAGAUGUUGAUAUGAUGAUAACAUUGCAAUUUCUGUUUA